GAGGGGGGAGAGAGAGAGAGAGAGAGAGAGAGAGAGCAGAAGCCGGUUCUUUCUCUCCCAUUUUCAUGGUUUCUUGGUGGCCUUUCUGGUUUCUCUAAAUUAAGAGAUCAGUUCACCGGGAAGGACCUUAUAUAUAACUAGGACAUUAUUAGUUAUUAAUAUAUAUAUAUAUAAUAAUAAAUAAUUGUACAAGAGAUUAUGGGGAGGGGAAGGGUGCAGCUGAAGAGGAUUGAGAACAAGAUCAACAGGCAGGUGACCUUCUCAAAGAGAACGUCAGGGCUGCUGAAGAAAGCUCAUGAGAUUUCUGUACUUUGUGAUGCUGAGGUUGCUUUGAUUGUCUUCUCUACCAAAGGCAAGCUUUUUGAGUACUCCACUGAUUCCUGCAUGGAAAGGAUCCUGGAAAGGUACGAAAGAUACUCACAUGCAGAGAGGCAGCUUCUUGCAAAUGAUAAUGAAUCCACUGGGAACUGGACUCUGGAACAUGCAAAGCUCAAGGCUAGGGUGGAGGUUUUACAAAGAAAUCAAAGUCAUUAUAUGGGAGAAGAUCUCCAAAUCUUAAGUUUCCAAGAGCUUCAGAAUUUAGAGCAACAGCUUGAUUCUGCACUAAGGCGCAUAAGGUCAAGAAAGAACCAAGUCAUGUACGAAUCGAUUUCUGAGCUCCAGAAGAAGGAUAAGGCAUUGCAGGAGCAAAACAACUUGCUGGCAAAGAAUGUAAAGGAGAAGGAGAAAGCAGUAACUUCACAGGCACAAUUGGAGCAUGCGCAGAAGCAGAGCUUGGACUCCUCCUCCACCCUUCUACCACAGGAAUUGCAGUACUUGAAUUUCAGCAGGUCCAAUUACCACCAGGCUAUUAGAUCAAGUAAUGGAAUAUCAGGAGAUAAUCAGCAGGAUGGAGAUGAAACCGCGACUCCACAUAGACCUAACACGCUGCUGCCUCCUUGGAUGCUCCGCCACCUUAAUGAAUAGAAGCAUUUCAUCACCAUGAAAUAAUAUAUCCAAAUAAUAUUAAAACACCAAUUAAUCAAGCAAACAUACUACACUUAUAUAUGUAUACCUAGAAAUUAAUUGGUAUGUGCCUGAUCAAAACCCUAGCCUCGAUCUAGCUCCAGAUGUGUAUCGUAUAUUGGAAUUCAAUUACUAGAAUUAAUAGCCCAAAAACUGUGUUAGGGGUUGUCUACCUCUUGUAAUUAAUGUACUAUUUUCAAAUUAACUUAGGAAACGUGCAUGUGCGCACUUUGUCCAAUAUGGAUUUGCUACUUAAUUUUUCUGUUCCUUC